CCCCUUCCGCACUCACCAUGGCGGGCGCGGCCGUGCUGCGUGUGCGGCGGAAGCGUGGCGGCCCUGAGCCGGCCGAGGCGCUGCUCCUGGCCUGCAAGCGGCGCCGGGCCGAGCCCGUGGAGAACAACCUCUUCAAGCUGGUGGCGACCGUGUCCUCCAAGAAUGAGCCAGUUCAGAAUUACGUUAAAGAUGCCAUCAAGCGGGACAAGGCAGCUCAGAGCCUGCGCCCCUCUCUGGGAAGCAGCCAGCGAAUCCUUCAGGAGCUCCGCUGUGCCAAGCAGGCAGAAAGGAAGGAGAACCGGUACCGGGUGAUUUCCAGCCACCGGCCCCACUGCACCCACACAGCUGCACCUGCCACACACGGCCAGGCUGUGCCCCACGGGGACAGGUCAGAGCCUGAAGCACUGCAGGAUGCUUCACCAGAGGAGAGUGGUGCUGUGGAGAAGAAUUCAGACUGCUGUGGGAAAUUCCAGCUGUUUGAUAUUAUACAAGAAGAGGAGACAGUGGGAGAUUCCAGUGUAACAACUGCAAACCCACAGAAGACCAAUCCAGAUGCAAUUCUCUGCAAUGCAGUAGAGAUGAUCCGUGAGCGUUUAAACGUUUCUGAAGAUGUCAAAAAAGAGCACGGUCACAAAGAAGAUGAAUAUGUUUAUGACAUCUACUAUAAGGAAACAUCAGCCCCUGACUGGAUUGAAAAUAUCCUUUCUGUACAGCCCUAUAGAGAAGAAUAUGAAUGGGUAAAUGAUGAUCCUGGUCCAGAGGAAGUGUAUGAAGAUGAAGAUGAUGAAAACGAUGAAAAUAACUGGCGUAAUGAUUAUCCUGAAGAAGAUGAAUUCUUGCCUGAAGAAGAUGGAGAAAAAGACUCUGAAGAGAGCUUCAGUGAUGAGGACCAAUGUUACAGGAGAAGAACAUGGGACAAAUAUCGACAGGAGGUUUUGCAGGAAUUUGGGUAUGACGAGAUUGAAGAUUUGGGUUCUGACUAACAGCCUGGUUUUGGAGAUGAAAUGCAUACUGAAGGUGAACAUUUGCUGCUUUAGGAGUAUGUACUAUCUGAGCAGCCAACUUCAGCUGGCGGAUAUUAAACAGAUGGGUGUGUUAUAAAUGAUCAAUCGAAAAGCCAGAUUAUCAAAAUGUGAAAGAUUUUAUGUUCCACAACGAAAUACAGUCCUCAAAAACCCCCAGCCAAAGAGCCAGCGUCAACCGUGUCGGGGCUGCCCCCCUGCUGUCUGCCAGCUUGGGGCCAGGCAGGGGUUCCUGAAAGGCUCCCAGAGAGACAGAGACAAAAUGGACCUUUUAUUUAGUUUUGUUUUGCCAAAGCUGCAUGCCCAAGAGUUUGUACCUGUAGCAGAUGUACAGAUAGGGAGGUACUGUUGGCAGCAGCCCUUCUGGUCAUGACUAAUACGUCAGGUUUCACAAGAAGAUCGAUCUGUCUGCCCUGAUGGCAAGUGGAAGUCCUGGAAGGCACCCUAUUCUACUGCUUCCUACUUCAUUUGUUCCUAAAUGUCAAGUGACUUUCUUCACAAGUGUUUGAGCAUAUGGAAUGCCUUGACCUGUCAUUACUCUCCCCAGUGGUUUAACUGUUGGACUAGAACAAUGUGCAUUUAAAUUGUAAAUAAAUUUUUUUUUACCAAG